UCUGCAUAUUCAUAAUUCUCUACAGCUGGCCCCAAAAACCUCAACUGGGACUUCUAGUCGCUGCUGUGCGGUCGUCUACCAAAGGUUUAAUUCAAGCAGAAUAAUUGCUGUGGUUCCAAACACAAGAAAUCCCUUGGGAUGUUGAAUAUGUCAGAAAACAUCACCGAAUGCCAACCCCAAAGAAUACAUCGUUCCAUCCCCAUUUUCCUGUGCUUUGUUUUUUUCAUUGGAUUUAUCUUGAACUGCAUCAGUUUAUGGAUCUUCUGGUUCCGUAUAAAGCAAUGGAACUCUGUUGUGGUUCUUCAGUUUAACUUGGCCAUCGCCGAUGCAAUCAUUACUCCGGCGGCCCCUCUCAUUAUUGCCUAUUCCCUGACAGACGACUGGACCUAUGGAACGUUCUUUUGCCAGUUUAAGGUCUUUUUACUCAGUGCUCACAUGUAUGGAAGUAUUUAUUUUCUCACUCUCAUCAGCAUCCACAGAUACUUCACGAUUGUUCAUAACCUAAAGAGAACAGUUUUGACCAGGAACUCAUUUAUCAAGAAAGUUGCUCUUGUAGUCUGGGGAUGUCUUUGUCUCCAAGGAAUUCCAUUUUUCUUCACCAUGAAAACCUCCUAUAUUCAUGAAACCACAAAAUGUCUCAGUUUCCAUCAAACUGAACUUGCGGUUUUAUUUUUUGUUUGGAACUGGGUCAUCAUAUUCUCGGGAAUGCUGAUUCCCUUUUCCAUAACCAUACUUUGUUAUAGUUUAUUAAGCCGAUAUAUUCUCAAAGUGAAUCCCAUGAAUACACAAAGUAAAGUUAUGAUGAAGAAGUCGAUACAGACCAUAAGUGUGUCUUUGGUUAUCUUCAUAAUUUGUUAUGUCCCAGUUCAUAUCACCAGAACAAUGGGGGUUACCGUUAAGCUUUUUUUUCCAACACAUUGUUCUCUACUGGAGAACACCGAGGUUGUCUAUUACAUCACUUGGAUGCUAUCAGGAACAAACUGCUGUAUGGAUCCUAUACUCUACUGUUUUGCUUCAGAUAAGUUCAAGACAAUCUUUAUGGAAUCAUUUUGCUGUUUUUGGUGCCCAAGAAAGUGUCUCCCAGGUAUAACAGGCAAUGCUGAGCAUGUUCAGGCGGAAUCAGGAUCAGGAACAACAUCGGGCAACUCUAACCUUGGACCACUUCCUACUACCAGCUCUGUGAUGGCAAGUGCAUCAGUUUCAGUAGGUGAAACCAGUGAUCAACAACAAUUAUCAGAAGCCUGUUAGAGGACACAUGUUGUUAAUAUGUUAGCAUUUCACAACUCAAAAGCUGUACCAACUGUAUAUGUCAAAUAACUAAUGAUGUACUAUGUAUAUUUGCCAUAAUUCUCUGUGCAGAGG